CCUCCUACAUGUUAGCCAAAGCAAGAAAACCAACAAAACCUAUAAACAGCUACUUGUCUUUGUGUGUUGAUUAAUUGUAGUUAACAUGGCACGUCAGGCAGAUCGUCUUGUUAAGAUUGGGCAGGAGGGUUUUGCAGCCAUUGAUGAGCACUUCGGCCGGGCCAAGAGGCGGCCACCAGUUAUGAAGGUUCCCUAUGCUCAUCCCACAUAUUACUAUGUUCCUGCAACAGAAGUUAUCGACAGCAACGAGGCAGCUCAACGCUACAAGGGGAGGGUUUAUGUCGAUUAUCCUAAGGGGAAACCAGUUCCGUUUUAAAGACCUAGCGAUUAAUCACUUAGCUUUCUUGUAUGCAUAACUGUUAACACCUGAAGAUGGAGAAGAAGAGGAUUGAUAAGAGAUUCAAAUUUAAGUAACCGUUACUGGAAACGCACCGUUUCAUUAAGCAUCUAUACUGCAUCGUUUUAUUAUUUCCUUUAAACGCAUCGUUUAGUUAAAUGUAAUAAAAUCAUCAAGAGCAGCUGGGGGG